AUGAUUCUAGCUACAGUGCUCCGUUACACUCCAUUGUUGAUGUUGAUAUGUUUAAACCACCUUUCAUCCAUUUGCGGAAGUCCUUCUCCAUAUCCACAUCCAACACUUGCUCCUCAGAAGCCUGUGUGCGGUUCUUAUGGACAGAACCCGUGCGCUUUUGUUCCUGCCCCACCCGGAAUGACACCGAAAUGUGCCUCACCAGGAUCGACGUUUUGUGAAACUAAUCCUGACUAUCCUGCGUACCUUAUUAAACAUCUGGUAGAAACCCUGGGCUAUCAGCGCAUUAUUGCCAACGAGGAGAUGGUUGAUUUCGGUGCCAAUAAACCAAUGGAGGAGGAGGAACAUCUUCAUCAUCAUUAUCAUCACUUUUAUGGGUCAUUUAGUCCAAUGGAAUCGUCCAAACCGUCCGCUAAGCCUUCCGGCGCUGGUUAUAAUUAUCUCACCCCAACACAGCAAGCGCUUGGUACGGUUAACUACUCGGAAAAGCGUCCAGCGCCGGUUCCGCAACCGAUCUACAUUCCCAAGCCGCAACACUCUUACCACUACAAUUCGUACGUCAGAGCUCCAAUGUAUAAUCGGCACGGUGGUACUUCCGGCCCGGGAUCCAGCCAGGGAUACUUUUAUCCAUCUCCAGGUGGAUCAUCUACCGGAACUGGUUCCUCCCCUUCAGUCACUCAGUACAGCCCAGCCGAUUGGUUGAAACGUUUCGCUCGAGAUUUAUCGGACACACAUAGACGCGAGGCACGUUUAGCGUCGUUACGACGUGUCGACGAAUCAAUUGAUCUUUUCGACACCGAACCGGCACCAUUUCGUCGCCCUUCGGUGCUUAAUGAAACGGUUUAUGAGCGUUUGUUGGCGAAAAACAGUCGCCCAAAACGAGAGAUCGAGCUGGGAAAGGAAACGCUGUGCAGUGUGCGAGAAAGAUACAUUACACCACAAACAGCACUCAAUACGAAAGGUAAUUGGAUGUUUGUGGUAAAUCAGGAGAACUCGAGACAGCUCGUCAGGACUGAAGUCUGUGCGUCAACGGAAUGCUCCAACCUGUGCAGCUUUCCCGUAGGGUAUAGUUCCCGUUGCGAGCAGCGAUACGUCCAGAAGCGGCUGAUGACGUUGGAUCCAUCCGGAAUGACACUGUACGUGGACACCUACUGGUUCCCGAGCUGCUGCGUGUGUUCGUUGUAUUCGGGCAAUCGAGUUUAGGGAUGGAAGGUUCGGGAAAAUAGAUCUGCAUUCCGCUGAGUGAUCAACGUUCGAAUGCAUGAUAAUGAAAACUUUCUUUAAGGAAGAAAUAAACCCUAUCUGUUCCUUGAAUAAAUAAAGCAAGCUUGAUGGAAAUUGUUUGAAAAUUUUGUUUAUUAUUU